CAUUCUCCACGUCCGCCCGACACUCCCGGCGGCCCGUAUUUAUAGCCACCCCGGGGUGGAAGGGGUCGGAUCAGAGCACCGUUGAGCUAACAUCUGAACAGCACAGAGAAAGGAUCACACACCCAGCUGGUGGCGAUCAAGCAGCCAGCCAAGAGAUCACAAGCCCAAAGCACACAGACAUACACUCAGAAUGGUUGUGGAAGAGGCGAUGGAUGGCGACAUGAGCUUGUCGAACAUGGUGCUGAGCUUCCUGGAGGAGGGAGAGACGGAGAGGUGGCCGGAGAACGACGAGGAAGACGACGAUGAGGAGGGAUCCAGCGGCGGCGGUUCCGCCGAGAGCAAGGCCUUCUGGCGCGCCCAGCACUCCCAGCUUCACGAGGCUUUGGGCAAGACGAGCACGGCCGAGAGCAGGAUCCGGGCGGUGACGGAGGAGGCCGUGGAGAAGAUGCGCGCCCCCGCGGGGGCCUUCUGCUCCUGCGCGAAGCGGGCGGCGGCCGGUGACUGCCGGAGCUGCAUGCUGCGGCACGUCGUGGAGCGGCUCCGCGACGCCGGGUACAACGGCGCCGUCUGCAGGUCCAAGUGGGCGCGGUCCCUGGAUAUCCCCUCAGGCGAGCACAGCUACGUGGACGUGGUGCUGCAGACGCGGAGCGGCAAGGCGGCGCGGGUGGUGGUGGAGCCGAGCUUCCGGGCCGAGUUCGAGGUGGCGCGCGCCGGCCGCGGCUACGGCGCGCUGGUGGCCGCGCUCCCGGAGGCGUUCGUCGGCCGCGCCGACCGGCUGCGCGCCGUCGUCAAGGCCAUGUGCGCCGCCGCCAAGCAGUGCAUGAAGGAGAACAACAUGCACCUGGGCCCCUGGAGGAAGCACAAGUACAUGCAGUCCAAGUGGCUCGGCACCUCCGAGCGGGAGGCGCCGCCGGCGCUCGACGCGGUGGCCGCCGGCUCGCUGCCGCCGCCGGAGAAGCAGCCCAAGUUCAGGGCGUCCAUGCUGAGCUUCGACUUCGGCCGGGCCCCGGUGGUGGUCGCGUGACGCGUGCAUGGCGUCAAGAGGGGUAUGAUGCCAUGGUGUCACGUGUAUGUGCCCAUGUUAUUAUAGACCGUAUGCCGUAUGCCAUGCCGGGCACUGUAGAAGGCCAUAGUAGUACUUGUUAGUAGAGUGUGUACCGGGGAUUGUAGGUUGUGCGUAGUCAGGAUUUGUAAUUUCUUGAAUCUUCUGCUCUUGAAGAAGAGAAAUCCGUUGAUGGAGAUGAGAGUAAAAAAGUUA